GGUAGUGUUAGUUUAUCACAAACUAUAUUCAAUAAAAAAGUUGUAGCAACUUAUAAAUUUCAAGCAUCUAGUUUUUUAUUAUUAAAUCAAAUGAUCACCACAAUAGUGGUUUUGUUAAUAUUGAAGUUUCUUAAUAUAAUAAAACUAAAUACAUCAUAUGAUAUUAAAACUGUUAAAAGUGUUAUUCCAUUAGCAUUUUGUUAUAUAACAAACGUAUUGUUAGGAUUAGACUCUUUAAAAGAAUUAAAUAUACCAAUGUAUAGCGCACUAAAAAGAUUGGUAGCAUUUGUUGUUUUGAUAAUGGAGUAUUUUAUAUUAAAAAAAGUUUCGCCCCCAAAGGUAGUGGCGUCAGUUAUAGUGAUGGUAUUUGGCGCAAUAAUAGCGGGCGUAACAGAUUUAACAUUUAGCGCUUUAGGUUACUCAUUGGUAUUGUUAAGUUGCUUUUUUCAAGCAUCAUAUUUAGUUUACGCAAAAAAAAUAUCAAAUACUAAUAUGUCUACAUAUGAUAUGUUAUAUUUAAAUAGUUUAUUAUCAUUACCAUUUACAUUUAUACUAGUCGUAGUCAACAAAGAAUUGGAAUAUUUUAGCUCGUACGAAUACUUGAAUAAUAGAUCAUUUCAAAUUUAUUAUGCACUUUCUGUAUUUUUAGGUUUCUUUUUAAAUUUUUGCAUUUUCUUUUGCACAGCUGUAAAUUCACCAAUGACAACUUCCGUAGUGGGAUCUGCAAAAAAUAUUAUAACAAUGGUGUUGGGGGCAAUUAUUUUCCAAGAUAUAAUUAUACAUCCACUAAAUAUCUUAGGUUUAAUAGUGAACAUACUGGGGGGAAUUUGGUAUUCAUUUUUAAAACUAAAAGGUUAA